AUGGGCCUAAGGUCUCGUGGGGCGAGAUGGCCCGAUGAUAUGACAGCCCGACGAAAAGUUCUAAUUGCCACACUUGAAUACGAGAUUACUGAUUGGAAGCUGAAAGUCAAAAUCGGGGGUUUAGGAGUCAUGUCUUCCUUGAUGGGAAAAGCGAUGCACGAUGUCGACUUAUUAUGGGUGGUUCCGAAGGUUAAAGAUUUGGAAUAUCCCGAGGCCGAACCUGCUCCACCGAUUGAAGUCACUAUCUUCGGCGAAAAAUACUUGAUCGAGCUGCAAAUUCAUAGACUCGACAACAUCACGUAUUAUCUGCUUGACUCGCCCGUAUUCCGUGCCAACACCAAAUCUGAUCCUUAUCCAGCCAGAAUGGACGACCUCAGCUCGGCAAUCUUCUAUUCGUCCUGGAAUCAAAGUAUCGCAGAAAUUUGCCGAAGAACCCCAGACUUGGAUAUCUAUCACAUCAACGAUUAUCACGGUGCUUUAGUGCCACUCUACUUGCUGCCUAUGGUAUUACCCGUUUGUUUAUCUCUUCACAAUGCGGAAUUCCAAGGACUCUGGCCACUCCGGACUAAAGAAGAAGCAGAUGAGGUCUGCCGUGCAUUCAACUUAUCCAAGGACAUUUGCUCGAAAUAUGUUCAGUUCGGAAACGUAUUCAAUUUACUCCACGCUGCUGCCAGCUUUAUCAGCCAUCACCAAAAGAGCGUGGGUGUUGCUGGGGUUAGUGACAAGUACGGAAAGCGAAGUUGGGCGAGGUAUCCGGCCUUAUGGACGCUCAAAACGAUCGAUUCACUUCCUAAUCCAGACCCCACUGAUAUCGAAGCACUUGAUGCUGCUCCCCGAAACAUGAAAGAUGUCACCAUAGACGAAGCAGCAGAAGCUCAACGGCCGGAAGACAAGCGGAAAACUCAAGAAUGGGCCGGCUUACAUCAAGACCCCAACGCUCAGCUCUUUGUAUUCGUCGGUCGGUGGUCCCUUCAAAAAGGCGUGGAUCUCAUUGCCGACGUUUUCACAACUAUUCUUGAGAAGCGCUCCGACGUUCAGCUUGUGGCGGUUGGACCCGUCGUGGAUCUCUACGGACGAUUUGCUGCCGCGAAACUAGCUCGGCUAAUGGAGUUGUAUCCCGGGCGGGUUUUUUCCAAACCUGAAUUCACGGCUCUCCCGCCAUUUAUCUUCUCUGGUGGCGAUUUUGCUCUCAUCCCAAGUCGUGACGAGCCCUUCGGAUUGGUAGCUGUGGAGUUUGGAAGGAAGGGUGCCUUGGGAGUUGGAAGUCGCUUAGGAGGUUUAGGUUUGAUGCCGGGAUGGUGGUUCCCUGUGGAAAGUGAUAGUACUGCUCACAUGCACUCACAGUUUGCGAAGACCAUCAAGGCCGCGCUCAAGUCAACCAACGAAGAGCGAGCCGUCCUUCGUGCACGCUCUGCUCUUCAGCGUUUUCCGGUGCUCGAAUGGCGUAGUAGGAUGGAAAACAUGCAUCGCCGCUCCAUCAAGGCCUCACGGAGGUACGCUGGGACACUGGCUGCUGGACCGGAUACCCCUGUGCGACCGCAGUCAGAGAUGAAGAUUGACAUGGAGGAGUUUCGCUGUGAUCCUUUCUCUACCCGUGGCUCGAUGGAUUCUCUUCGCUUAGCCUGUGACCGCUCUGAAGAACUCAUUACGGAUCCCACACAGCAUUCGGUACAUUUGAGGCCUAGUCAAUCUCCAUACAAUCGCCGUGGCUCUUCUCCGAACGGCCUGGAUUUAACCAAUUCAAGUACUCUACACUCACCCAGGACUAGUGAGGAUUAUGAUUCCGAAGCGAAAGAUGCCUCUCCACUGGUGACUAAGGCAGGUGCGCGCAACCCACGCGUCUCUCACGGGAGGGAUCGGUCAAUGGAUGGGAAGCGCAUAUCGGUUGCACCAUCAAUGCACCCCAACAUGCUUGCCUCACAAGAGGAGGAUGAUCAAUACGGUAGUUUCUUAAACAAAGCUAACCGCCAACUAAGUCGCAAGCUUACCAAAAAACUUACAGUCACUUAUGGAAGGCAAGCUGCCAAAGACCCAUUCAUACCCACCCCUGCGACACCGACUGCCGCGAUUGCCGAGUUCAAUGAAGAUGAAUUACUUCCGCCGGUUAGGCCCUUUGCCGGUGGCGGGGGUCACACAAGCCGGAAAUCUUUUGAUUCCAUAAAUUCAAUCAUGGAAGAACACGGGGCAGAUUCGCCAUUGAAUCAGGCUAUCGAAGGUUUCACUGAUGAAAAUGGACAGGUAACCCAAGAGUUCAUUACAAAAUUAUCACAGCUAAACUCUGGCAACUCGAAGGGCGACCUAUGUAUCGCAGAAUAUCUGGUGGCGGCUGAGAAAGCCUACUUCAAGCAUGUUAGAGAUGACAAGCUGGCUUUAGCUAGGUCCCAGUAUGAUGGCCAAACUCUCCGGGGUUCGACGAAAAGGCCAAUCUCUCGCGCUAUCAGUGAAUGGUCUGUUAAGAAGCACGCUUUGGAGAAUGAUGAAGAAGAAGAAGAAACUGCUGCAGGCAGCGAAGAUCCUCUCACUACACAGGCAGAACUAAAUCAAUGGCAGAUCAGACUUCAGAAGGUAUACUUCGGCUGGCCUGUCUACACGAUACUACUGGCCUUCGGGCAAGUUCUGGGAGCUACCAGUUUCCAGCUGUCUCUACUCGGCGGUAGUAGCUCUCAAAGGACAUUUGAUCUUUACAUCAUUGGAGCCGUCAACAUCAUCGGAUCGGUAACUUGGUAUAUACUCAACAGUGUAAAACCCGCGACAUGGUCACUCUCAUUGCCUUGGGUUUGUUUUGGGAUGGCGUUUUUGUUGAUUGGAUUACCAUCACUGUCGUCAGACUUGAAAGUCUACAGUGUUAGGCACCCUUUGAGUCUUCUGGCUUCCAGUUUUUACUCCUUCGCCUCGGCAGCAGGAUUUCUUUUCUUCAGCACUAAUUUCGGGGAGGAAGCAGGGGGAGGCACAGACACUUGGGUGUAUCGAGCUUGUGUAGUGCAAGGCACUCAACAAAUCUGGAUCGCUGCCUUGUGGUACUGGGGAUUCAAGCUGCAAGGAACAAACCCGACAGACACGGCAUCGGUACCUCCCGCCUGGGUCAAUGCUUUUACUCUCACGCUGGCAAUCACUUGUUUCGGCAUUGGAUACGUUCUUUUCAUUGGACUGCCCAAUUACUACCGAAAUGUUCCCGGCCAGGUUCCCAAUUUCGUAAAAACUCUAUUCCGUCGCAAGCUGGUGAUAUGGUAUAUGGCCGCGGAAAUCUUGAGGGAUUAUUGGCUAUCGGGUCCUUACGGAAGAAAUUGGUCUUUCUUGUGGACUGGUUCUGCAAUGCCUGUUUGGGCGACUGUCAUAUUGGUUUUCAUUUUCUUCGUAGGAAUUUGGGCCGUUGUGAUGAAAGCUCUUAGUCAUGCUUCAAAGAAACACACUUGGUUUCUGCCCAUUUUCGCGGUUGGGCUUGGCGCUCCCCGAUGGUGUCAGAUGCUCUGGGGAACCAGUAGUCUUGCCAUGUAUAUUCCAUGGGCCGGCGCAGCGGGUCCUUACCUUGGCACCUCACUAUGGCUCUGGCUAGGUGUCCUGGAUGCGGUUCAGGGUGUUGGUUUGGGAAUGAUUCUACUCCAGACUUUGAGUCGGACGCACGUUGCAGCCACAUUAUGCUUGGCUCAAAUCAUUGGCUCGACAGCCGUCAUCGCUGCUAGGGCCACAGCUCCUAACAGGAUUGGACCGGGUAACGUUUUCCCAGAUCUUGGCCUUUGGGAUCGGGGCGGGCACCUCAGGGAAUCUCCCCUUGCCAAUUGGGAGUUUUGGGUGGCCCUGGCGUGCCAGUUAAUAAUCGUUGCCGGUUAUUUGGUAUUGUUUAGACGGGAGCAACUCUCGAAGCCUUAG